AUUUAAACAAUCACAUGAGAAUCCAUACAGGACAGACGCCUUUCUGUUGUGAUCUAUGUGGAAAAAGAUUUUGUGAAAAAGGACAAUUAAACAAACACAUAAGAAUCCAUGCAGGAGAGAAGCUUUUCCGUUGUAAUCUAUGUGGAAAAAGAUUUAGUGAAAGAGGAACAUUAAACAAACACAUAAGAAUCCAUACAGGACAGAAGCCUUUCUGUUGUGAUUUAUGUGGAAAAAGAUUUAGUGGAAAAGGACAAUUAAACAGACACAUGAGAAUCCAUACAGGAGAGAAGCCUUUCUGUUGUGAUCUAUGUGGAAAAAGAUUUAGUGGAAAAGGACAAUUAAACAGACACAUAAGAAUCCAUACAGGACAGAAGCCCUUCUGUUGUGCACUAUGUGGAAAACGAUUUAGCCAAAAAGGAAAUUUAAACAAUCACAUGAGAAUCCAUACAGGACAGACGCCUUUCUGUUGUGAUCAAUGUGGAAAAAGAUUUUGUGUAAAAAGUACUUUAAACGACCACAUGAAAAUUCAUACAGGACAGAAGCCAUUUGUUUGUGAUCUAUGUGAAAAAAGAUUUAGGUUUAAAAGCACUUUAAAGACACACAUGAGAAUCCAUACAGGAGAGAAACCUUUCUGUUGUGAUCUCUGUGGAAAAAGCUUUACUCAUAAGAUAAGUUUAAACAUACACAUGAGAAACCAUACAAAGCAAGACAAGGCAAGUUUUUUUGUAUAGCACAUUUCAGUACAAAGACAACGCAAGGGUCCUUCCAUGAUUAAAACAAAGUAAAAUAAAAACAGCAACACAUUGCGAAUAAAUGUAGGAAAGUGAAAGAAGAUAAAACAGGAAAAUGGAAAUUAAGAGCAAAUAUUGGUUUUAUAAACAAUUGCUCUAAAAUUUUUAACUAAUGAUAUUUCAGUUAACUGUUUAAAACAGUCAAAAGCAAUCCUAAACAAAUGUGUUCAGGAAGUCUUUUUGCAGAUAGGUAGAAUAUAGGAAGUCAACUUGCAAGUCUUGAAGCGCUUUGGGGUCGUCGGACUAGUUAAACUGCUAUACAAGUACAAGCCACUUA